GUAGCGGUCGCUCGCUGGGGGUUCUCCGUGGGCGGCAGACGGGCCGACCGCGCGCCCUCACCUCAGUUGUCUAAACUUCGGUCUCCUUUCCACCCGCCCUCCGCGCCCCGAGUCAACAACUUCUUCACCCCCCUCUGCCCCCGCCCUUCCCUCGUCAACCCCGGGAGCUCGCUGCGCUGCGGGGACCAGGAACCUCCGGGACUGAGAUGUGGCCGUAAGGCGUUGGCGGGCGGCGAGGAGAAGCUCGGCGGCACCCGAGAGCGGGAGGGCGGUGUGGCUGGGGGGACGGGGCGGAGGGGCGCGAGCUCUCCGCGCCUCUCCCCCGCCUCCUCCUCCUCCUGCCAUCGCCGCCGCUGCCCGUUCCGUGCAAGCAGAAGCCCGAGCUGCCAAGCGCCAGGGCCGCGGAGAUGUCGUCGUCGUCGCCGGCGGGGGCUGCCAGCGCCGCCAUCUCGGCCUCGGAGAAAGUGGACGGCUUCACCCGGAAAUCGGUGCGCAAGGCGCAGAGGCAGAAGCGCUCACAGGGCUCGUCGCAGUUCCGCAGCCAGGGUAGCCAGGCGGAGCUGCACCCCUUGCCCCAGCUCAAAGAUGCUACUACAAAUGAACAACAAGAACUUUUCUGUCAGAAGUUGCAGCAGUGUUGCAUACUUUUUGAUUUCAUGGACUCGGUUUCAGACUUGAAGAGCAAAGAAAUUAAAAGAGCAACACUGAAUGAACUGGUUGAGUAUGUUUCAACUAAUCGUGGUGUAAUUGUUGAAUCAGCGUAUUCUGAUAUAGUAAAAAUGAUUAGUGCGAACAUCUUCCGGACUCUUCCUCCAAGUGAUAAUCCAGAUUUUGACCCAGAAGAAGAUGAACCCACACUUGAGGCCUCUUGGCCUCAUAUACAAUUGGUGUAUGAAUUCUUCUUGAGAUUUUUGGAAAGCCCUGAUUUCCAGCCUAGCAUUGCAAAACGAUACAUUGAUCAGAAAUUUGUACAACAGCUCCUGGAGCUUUUUGAUAGUGAAGAUCCCAGAGAACGUGACUUUCUGAAGACUGUUCUGCAUCGAAUAUAUGGGAAAUUUCUUGGAUUAAGAGCAUUCAUCAGGAAACAGAUUAACAACAUUUUCCUCAGGUUUAUAUAUGAAACAGAACAUUUCAAUGGUGUUGCUGAACUCCUUGAAAUACUAGGAAGUAUUAUCAAUGGCUUUGCAUUGCCACUGAAAGCAGAACAUAAACAGUUUCUAAUGAAGGUUCUUAUUCCUAUGCAUACUGCAAAAGGAUUAGCUUUGUUUCAUGCUCAGCUAGCCUAUUGUGUUGUACAGUUCCUGGAGAAAGAUACAACACUAACAGAACCAGUGAUCAGAGGAUUGCUAAAAUUUUGGCCAAAAACAUGCAGUCAGAAAGAGGUGAUGUUUUUAGGAGAAACUGAAGAAAUCUUAGAUGUCAUUGAACCAACACAGUUCAAAAAAAUUGAAGAGCCACUUUUUAAACAGAUAUCUAAAUGUGUAUCCAGUUCUCAUUUUCAGGUUGCAGAAAGGGCAUUGUACUUCUGGAAUAAUGAAUAUAUUCUCAGUUUGAUUGAGGAGAACAUUGACAAAAUUCUGCCAAUUAUGUUUGGCAGUUUGUACAAAAUCUCCAAAGAACACUGGAAUCCGACUAUCGUAGCACUCGUAUACAAUGUGCUGAAAACGCUAAUGGAAAUGAAUGGCAAGCUUUUUGAUGACCUUACUAGCUCAUACAAAGCUGAAAGACAAAGAGAGAAAAAGAAGGAAUUGGAACGUGAAGAAUUAUGGAAAAAGUUAGAAGAACUAAAGCUAAAGAAAGCGCUAGAAAAGCAGAACAAUGCUUACAAUAUGCACAGUAUUCUCAGCAAUACAAGUGCUGAAUAAAGAAAAAAAUAUGCCUACCACCUCUGCUCGAUAGGCAUAGUUUUGUACACUUUUUUGAAAUAUGUAAAAAUUGAGAAACCAACCUCAUCAGUAUAAUAUAAUUAAAAGGCCAUUUUUUUUCCUGGCAACUGUAAAUGAAAAAAAAUCUACGGACUAAAC